AUGGACAAAUUUGGCUUAAAGGGUUUGUCAUCUUUAAUAAGAAUGGAUCAAUCAGAUCACACUGCCUUUGGUAUAGGUCAAGAUAUAAGAAGAUUCGGCUUGGACUUAUCAGAUGACUCCCAUAUAUUGAAAAAUUUAGCCUCUCCUUGGUCAGAGACAUCCAGGUCAGACGUGGAGCCAUAUUUUUCGAUUCCUAAGUCAAUACAGCAGUCAAACAUAUCCCCACCUCCGGGACCCUGUGAUACAAAAAUUCAAUCCUUCACGGACGAAACGUUAUUCUAUAUAUUUUACAUGAAGCCAAGAGAUACUUUACAAGAAUACGCUGCGAGAGAACUAGUAGCAAGAAAUUGGAGGUACCACAAGGAUAUCCAAGUCUGGUUAACCAAAGAUAGCAAUGUGGAGCCUGUCUUAAUAAGUCAGGACGUGGAGAAGGGUGUAUACAUUUUUUUCGAUCCUCAUAAUUGGGAGAAAAUAAGAAAAGAGUUUGUCUUACAUUAUUCAUCAGUACAAGCAUAA